AUGAUACUUAAUAUAAAAAUAUUGGGAAUUAUAUCUACGGUAUUGUGCUUCAAAUAUGCCUCAUCAAUAUUUUGUUACGACUGUAACAGUGCGUUCGAUCCACGCUGCGGAGAGAACUUCGACCCUUUCAGUUUAGGAGUCGUGAACUGUUCUCUGAGGGACCCUCCAGAACAUAUCGUGGAACACGUGGAACCAACCUUCUGUAGGGUCAUUAAGAUGGAGAUUUAUGGCAAGGUGAGAAUCGUGAGGCAAUGUGGAUUUUUGGAAGAAGAUAACGGUGAACACACUUGUAAAAAACAGACGGGCAACGGUGAAGUCUACACCACUUAUUGUUCCUGCGAUACAGAUCUAUGUAACGCAGCCGUCAAACCCGAACAACAGAUGGCGCUGUUCACAAUAAUUGCAGCACCUUAUAUUAUUAAAUAUAUUCUCGCUUGA